AUGCCAAAGUCUUUCGAGAGCGCAAUUCGAAGCAGGAUUUCUCGAAGUCGGGACCCCGCCUACCCCGACGGCAACCCUGCUACUGAAAGCGCCUCACUAGCGACUUAUAGCUUUAAUCAUAAGAGAGGAGUCGCCGAGAUUAUCAAAAAUCUUGAAAGUGGCGACAAGGGGCUGCGGGCCGAGUCCGAGGCAGAGUUCAUUGCUUCGAUUCUGGACAGUGACAGCGACCAGCCCAUCGAGUCUAAGAAGCACAAGAGUGCGAGAUGA